AUGACCAGACUGUACUGUGUGGUAGUGGCCCUACUGCUGCUGGCAGAGGUCUGCAGGUUUGGAGAAGGGGCCUCUAAUCCUGGGAUCUUGGCCAGGAUCACUAGAAAAGGCCUGGAAUACGCCCACCAGUAUGGAGUUGCCAUCCUGAAGAAGGAGUUGUCUACCAUCAGAUUACCUGAUAUCUCAGGAAGUUUUCAGAUUGGUUGGGUUGGAAGUGUGAGCCACGAGUUUCACAGCCUGAGGAUCCAGCACUUCGAGCUCCAGAACUCGAACUUGAGUCUACUCCCAGAGAAGGGUAUAAGAGCCUCUCUGUCCAAUAACUACAUGUCUGUCAGUGGGAACUGGGAGGUGAAAAAGGCUUUCAUCACCCUAUGCGGCACCUUUGAUCUGACUGUGGAUGGCAUUUCCAUCCUGGUUUCUCUGAACUUGGGGAAAAAUGUGUCUGGACAACCCACUGCCUCCGUAGCCCAAUGCAGCAACUCCAUUGGCCAUGUCAGGAUUGAUAUAUCUGGAAGCUUAAGCUGGAUCCUAAACCUCUUCCAUGAAAGAAUUGAAAACAGUAUCAAAGAGGUCUUGAAACAAAAGAUCUGCGAAAUGAUCAGAAAGUCGACCACCUCACACCUGGAGCCCUUUCUCCAGACUCUGCCAGUCACUGUUAUGAUUGACCAGAUUGCUGGCAUUGACUGCAGCUUGGUAGGAGCUCCCCAGGUGACCUCUGAAGGCUUGGACCUGCCCUCCAAGGGUGAAUUUUUCAGCCUAAGCCAGCACACCCCCAUCCCUUUUGAUGCUCCAGCCAUCAUGCUACCCCAGCAACACGACUGGGAUGACCAUAUGAUCUACGUUGCAGUCUCUGAAUAUGUCUUCAACACAGCCAGCUGGGUUUACUACCAGGGUAGGCCCACGAACUUCACCAUUCAUGACAAGCAUCUGAUCCCCCAGAAGGGAGGUCCGAGCAGCGUACCUCCACCACCAACCACUGCGAUUCCCCUGGACUCUGUAAUCCACCUGAACACAAGCUCAUUCCGGACCGUAGUUCCUCAGCUGGCCAAGUUGUACCCUGAUACAGAGAUAGAGCUUGAGGUGUCAUCUGAAUCAGAACUGUUUGUAAUGUUCACCCCUGGAAAUGUCACCCUCGUGCCUGUGGUGGACAUCCGAGCCUUCGCCCUUCUGCCCAACUCCUCUGACCGUGACCUUCUCUUUGAACUCAGGGCGAAAACCAACAUCUCCGCCACCAUCAAUGUGAGCUCCAGUAAGAUCACUGGUUCAGUGACCACAGGAAGACACAGUAAACUGGAACUCGAACUGAAACAUUCCAACGUGGGUUACUUCAAUGUGGAGUUGCUGGAAGCCAUCUUAAAGGACCACGUGCUUAAUAUCACACACCCGUCUCUCAGUGCAAUGCUUGAGAAGGGCUUCCUUCUCCCUCUUCCAAGGGACGUCCACCUCAAGAGCACGGAGCUCCAAAUUCACAAGGUCAAUAAGAAAACUUCUUGCUCUUGGGGGCUGACAUUGAUAAGGUUGAAGAUUGAGGAGGAGGAGCAACUGUGGCUGGAGCAGUGGACAACGCUACAGCUGGACCUGCCCGUGACCUCGUGGAGGGCCAAAGGCUGUGGCUAUUCUGCUUCCUCUUCCUCAGUUUUAAAGAAGCUUGAGCGGUAG